GGUUACAAGUUAACCAGUUAGUAACUUCAAAAUAUAUUUUCAAAUACGAAAUUUAAUAAUCCUUGAAUUUGUACAGUAUGAUAAACACUUUAAUUUCCAAAGCAUAUCAAACACUUCCGCGUUUGGUCUCGUUGGGUCAAACUUGUUCAUCAAUCUUUAGUUCGACAACAAUAAGUAAUUCAUGGAGUCUUACUUCAAAUAGAACUAAAGUCAGAUAUCAUUUCCCACAUCCUAAUGAACGUCGUCGUAUUAAACGCCAUGGUUGGUUUACGAGAAUGUCAACUCCCAAUGGUCGAAAAAUUCUUAUGAGAAGAAUAUUAAAGGGCAAAUAUGUACUUAGCCACUAA